CCUGGGGCGCACUGACAGUCAGUUGGGUGCAAAGAACCCAGACCUAGUCAAACCAGUCUUUCGUUUCACAAUGAAUGCAUGCUCACUCAGAAGCAUUCAUAUCUAAAUAUGAACUGAAACUGGUUUAGCAGCAGGAUUAUCGGAAGUCUCCAACAGAACAACCAGAGCCAGAUGAACAAAUCAGCUUUGAGCAACAAGGAAGCAGCUGAGUGUGAGCUUCCUUCAUCGCUGAAAUGUGACGGAGCAGCUUUUUAAAACAGACAACUUUAUUUGGACUCUUCUUGGGCGUCAGCACCUUGUUUGAAGUGUGUUACUCAGAUGUGAAAUGCAGGAAUGAUGAUGGAGAGGAGGUUGACUGGUUCGUGGAGAUUUCCUGUUACAUUUAAAUCUUUUUUCCCCUUCUCUCAGUUUUAUCUGAAUAAAUGAUAAAAUGAAUGUUUAUCAGGUUUAUUUUAUACAAGCUGCCCAUCACGUAUGAAGUUGGUUUGUCAUAUAUGUACAUGGAUGAGAGCACGAAGGGGUGGACACUCAGCACAAAGGAGAUCAGCAGGAGAACCGGUUCUCUAGGGAACACGUUAAAACCUCUUCUUGACUUUUAUGACAAAAAGACUGAAGGCUUUGGUUACAUCCUCUACAACGACCAGCCUCCAGAUAAAUAUAAUGCUCCUUCAUCAUUUGGACACAGUAAAGGUGUUGUGAUGUUGGAUCGACAAACCGGACUCUGGCUCUCUCACAGUACGCCAAAGUUUCCAGAAUAUCGCAGUAAACACUUCUGGCCCCAAAGUGGAAACACAAACGCUCAAACGUUUAUUUGCGUUUCCUUCCCCUACAACCAGUUCAGAAUAAUAGGACUGCAGCUCAUGUACAUCCAUGCUUAUUCGUUUGACUCUGAACUCCCCAAGACGUUUCCCGAGGAGCUGCGGUGUGUUGCACAGAGAAGCUGCCUCCCAAGGAGAGAGCCGUGGUCUAGUGUGCAGAUGCUGACCUCCACGAUGGGCCGACAUUUCACCAGCUUUGCAAAAUACGGACGUUUCAAAGACGACCUUUACUCGGGCCUCAUAGUGGACCACAUGUCACAGGAUUUAUAUGUGAAAGGCUGGGGUAAAAUGCGUUCCCCGCUCCUCUCCAACUGCACACUCCCCCAUCACGUCUAUAACAUUAAGGAAGUGAGAUUCCGGAGAGGGGGAGCCUUCAGCGACACACAGGAUCACUCAAAGUGGUGUGUGACCUCUGAUGACAGCUGGGCCUGCAUCGCUGACAUGAACAGAGAGGAGAGUCAGAUGACCAGAGCUGGAGGAGCUAUAUGCACUGAUGACUCUGCAGUGGGAAAGGCUUUUGGAGCAUUAAUCUCAAAGUUUGACGAAUGUAAACGGUCUCACUCCACUGCUCAUCAAAGAGAACUGUGAAGGCCAGAGAUCCACUAAAAGUCAGACGUUGGAAUAAAACUGAAAACACUUGACAUGUAUUUGUUGUUUCUUGUUAUUGUUUUAACCUAUUAUAUUUAAAUUGUUAAAAUCUAAAACAAUAAUUAUACAAAAUUAAACACAAUUCACAGAAAAAUGAAAAAAAUGUUUGACAUAUAGUUUAAUUUCUUGAAAAGAGUGUUUAUUAUAUGUCUCUUAAUUAUUUGAUUAAAAUUAUGUUGCAUUUACAGCCACAUAAUUUCUUACAAUAGGUUCAUAUGGGAAAAAUCUAUUAUUUAAACACAUAUAUUUUAUGCAAAGUACAUUUAAAAUGGCUGCAAGUUUUUUAAGUAACAAAUAUUUAAGACCACCAAUAAAAAGAUUUCUCUUAAAUUUAAA